AUGCGAGCAUACUGGUACGAUAACGUUCCUGGCGACCAACGCUUACCGCAUGACUCGGGCAAAGAUGUAGACGCCGCCGCUCUGGAGAAGCUGGGCGUGCUCUACUUCCGGUACCCGGAGGUGUCGGCGGUGGACGAGCUGGCGAGCCAGCGCGGGUACAAGAACCGGGACGAGAUCACAGUGUCGCCGGAGAAGAUGGGCGACAUCUACGAGGAGAAGGUCAAGUCCUUCUUCCGCGAGCACCUGCACGAGGACGAGGAGAUCAGGUACAUCCGCGACGGCCAGGGGUACUUCGACGUCCGCAGCAAGGACGACGCCUGGGUCCGCAUCCAGCUCGAGAAGGACGACUUGAUCAUCCUGCCACCGGGCAUUUACCACCGGUUCACCACGGACGAGAGCAACUACAUUCAGGCUAUGCGCCUCUUCAAGGACGAGCCCAAGUGGACGCCGCUGAACAGGUCCAACGAACUGGACGAGAACGAGUAUCGCAAGCAGUAUGUUUCGCAGUACCUAAACUAA